AUGUCGGUUUAUGUUAGCGAGACGAGUCUCACGACACCUCGUACUUGUGGAGUCUCAGCGCUGACAGAGACAAUUAGGGCUUCAAGCCAGCAUCAGCAGCAGCAGGCUGCAGCUAGCAGCAGGCAAGCUAGUAGCCAGCAGCAAGAGCAGAGCACAGGCAGCUCAGCAGCUGCUGCAGAGCAGCAGCAGCUGCAGCAGCAGGGCAGCACAGCCUGCGCCAGCCAGGAGCCAGCAGGCAGCAGUGUAAAGCAGCAGCAGCAAGCAGCUCCAGCAGCAGCAGCUGGCAGCUUAGGCAGCAGCAGCACAAGCUGCUGCAGCAGCAGCAGCUCAGCCAGCAGCAGCAGCAGUAGCUUGUAUAAGCGCAGCAGCAUAUGCAGCCACGCAGCAGCAGCAGCUGCCAGCUUAGCAGCAGCAGGGGCAGUGGCAACAGUGCACAGGCAGCAGCUGUCCCUACAGGGAGAAAUGCCACCGCGACGUGUAACGAGAUCCACUCCGGCAUCACCCUUUGAGGUGAGCCAGAGCAGUCUGUGGUCGGAUGAGGUUCAGGAGCUUGCGUGCUCCAAGGUGAGCGCGUUAGAGGGCUAUGCAGAGGCAGACGGAGAACAUAAGAGGUUGCAGGAAUUGGUGUCGCAACAGGCGGACGAACAGCAGCUUUGGGAAGUCAGGAUGUACCUUAUCGCGGAUCCGCCAGUGUAUUAG